AUGAAUUAUCCAUUUAUUGAUGCAGAUUUUGAUAAUCUUUAUGCAUAUUCAAUAGCAUCUCUGCAUGAAAUUUUGCGAAAAUAUGGAGUUUCGAUUAACAACAAUGCAACAAAAGCAGAAAUUAUCAAAAUCAUUCAAAAAGAUAAAGAAAAAUUCAAAAGAACGCCGCCAUCAGAAAGUCCUACAGGGUUGAAGACCCCUCAGCGCUCAAUAUCAUCAACUAUAUUCGAUGAUUCACCAACUCCUGUUAAAGUUGUGUCAAAAGGAAACACACCUGUAGCAAUAAAUUCUCCAAUGACUCCAUAUACGCCGCUACCUGUAGAAAGACUUCCUAGUCCUUCUAUUAGCGAAAUGAAAAAUUAUGAUCCAACAAAAGCGUCCAACAAUAGAUUCAAUCUUACUAAAAUUAAUUACAGAUUACUGUUCUGGAUAGUAAUAUUCCUUUUAAGUAUAAUCGGUUUAUUUAUCUUUAGAAUUUAG